AAACCAAACAAAUACUCAAAUCUCUCCUCUCUCUCUCCCUCCAUCUCUCUCUAGAUUUAUUUAUAUAUUUUUAUUAGUAUUUUAUUUGUACACUUUUUGCAUAAAAGCUACAGUUGUUACUUAAUAGAAAUGAAGAGGUUGUGAUAAAUAAGAAUCUCAGCUUUUGAAAAUACAGCUUUCAAAUGGAGGAGGAGAAGAAGAACCAAGAGAUUUUAAACAUGAGCGAUCAAAAUCUCGAUCCUUCAUCAUCAGUGACGCCACCAUUUUCCGGUGAGGAGAUCAUCACUCCGGUUACUUAUCCGCCGCCACCGAAUAUAUUCGACAUGCCAGACAUCGAUGUCGAAAAAUAUGACUUCAUGGAAAUGUUGAGGACUCAAAAUUAUUAUUUUCCUCCUACUACUUCUAUUUUUGAUCUCCUUGGUGCUCCUAGUCCAGCUAUUGGGCCCCCGCAGCCGCAGCAGCUUACUGCUGCGGCUGUGGGGACCUCAUCGGAUAUGCCUGUACUGACUCCGGUGACUCCGAAUAAUUCUUCUUCGAUUUCUUCGUCGUCGAAUGAAGCGGUGACUGAGGAUCAGAUCAGUAUUAAGACGGGUGAAGAUGAUGAGGAGCACAAGCCUGAGCAGAAGAACAAGAGACUGAUUAGUGAACCGAGAAAGAAGAAACCGAAAAAGCAAAGAGAGCCGAGAUUUGCGUUCAUGACACAGAGUGACAUAGAUAACUUGGACGAUGGAUAUAGAUGGAGAAAAUAUGGGCAAAAAGCUGUGAAGAACAGCCCUUUUCCGAGGAACUACUAUCGUUGCACUAGUGCAGGAUGUGGUGUAAAGAAAAGAGUGGAAAGGUCAUCUGAGGAUCCUACCACAGUUGUCACCACUUAUGAGGGUACUCACACUCAUAUUUGCCCCGUGAAUGCGCCACGUGGGAGCAUCGGAAUGUUCCCGGAUGCUUACUCUUUCCGUGGCUUGGGUGCUGGUGCUGGUAUUGGCGGUGGGGGCUUGAUGAGUAGUGGCAUUGGGAGUAGUUUUAGUGGUGGCAUUGGGAGUAGUUUUAGUGGUGGCAUUGGUGAGGGAAUUGGUGGUGGCAUGAGUAUUAAUGCUGGUUAUCGUGUUGGUGGCAUUGGUAGUCGUCUUGUGGAGGGCGGUGGCAUUGGUGGUGGGAGUAACAUUGGCAAUGUUAGUGGCACUGGUUCGGGUUCUGGUUCAAUUAGUGAUAUUAAUUCGCAUUAUGCAGCUGAGCAGCUAGCUCGAUAUCAACAGCGGAUGCAGCAGCAACAACAACAGCAGCAACAACAACGACAACCUUACAGUUUGUACAAUAGUAUUAUCAAUCCGUCAUUGCCUUCUUACAACUUUGGAAUUACUAAUGCUCCUGCUGCUACUGCUACUACUACUACUACUACUACUUCUGCCAAUGCUGCAAUCGAUUCGGGCUCAUUCUCCAACCGUAUGCUUCAAGACAGACACAAUCUCCUGCCAAUGACUCCCAACCAGCAGCUGACAAUGUUUCGAGAUCAAGGACUUCUGCAAGACAUGGUGGCUUCAUCGCAAAUCCAAUCGGAGAAAAAAGAAGAUAAAAAAUGACAAAUGCCAUUGGUAUGUAUGUUCUGUUAGUAGAGUACUGACUGAUCCUGAGGUUAAUUGGCUUAAUUCUAAUUAAUUAUUAUCUUUCUCUUGAUUUAGGAACCUCCUUUGGAUUAAUUUUCUGUCAUGUAAUGACUUCUAGCUAUAGGCUCCUUUCUUUUAUUUAUAUAGAAAUACUUCUGGUAGUACUACACAUUUCUUUCUUCCAUUAUUCACA